UUAGUGUUAGGUCAGAGGUUGGACUGGGUGAUCUUGGAGGUCUCUUCCAACCUAGAUGAUUCUGUGAUUCUGUUACGGGAGCCCGGCUGGGCUGGGCGUGUCGGUACAGUGGUUGUGGUGCUGGGGGUUUGGUGUGUAAAUGCCCGGCUAGUGAGAUGAGCUUACACGGUGCGGAGAACCCAAAGGAGGUGAUAUCGAUGUUUCAGCUCACACAGCUGAGGCAGAGGCUCAGCUAACUGAGAAGAUGUGAGGGUGGAACUGUGGAGGCCUGGCCUGGCGGAAAUGUAGGAGCUGACAAUUUAGGUAUGAGGGACUUGAGGCAUUGCUGUUUUUGGCACUGGGAGUGGGAUUCCAGCAUCAGCUAGAAAUGAUUCAAAAGGAAGGUAUGUGUGCAUGCUCCUGUGUUUAUGACGGAUUGCACACCCACCCCAAAACAGGGCACAGAUGGAAUGGGCCCACCUGCCCUGGGCUGUUUAGGGGCAUGUUGUUGUAAAUCUUGGAAGACUUCCCAUUUAUGGUUUUUAAACAACAACAAAAAGCCAGCAACUUUCUCUGCCCUGUGAUAGGGUGAAGGUUGGUAGUCACAUACCAGAUUUGUUUCUGCAGCACCGUUACUCUGACUCGGUUACUGUGACCGUACUUGUUUACUUUUAUCAGUAAACUCCCGGGGUGACCGGGUGUCUCCAUCACCAAAUAAGGUCUCUUGAGCCCAGCGGUGGAGCAGUGCCCUCAUGCAUCAAGAUGUUGCAAGGGGCGAGGAUCUUUCUGACAACCAUUUCUAUUUUGCGUGUUUCUGCGAGGAGGUAGUGUUGCCUCUAAUCUUGGCAAAGUUUAAAUACCCUGAAAUACAUCGCAAGAACAAAUGAUAGUUGAUGUUUUUAAAGGAGAGAGAGGGUUGGGUUUGGGGUGAAUUGAUGAUACUUGUUUAAUAGCUCUGGAAAACUGAACUCCUCUCUGUAAUUGCCAAGCAGUUACAGCAUAGUGAGGCAGACUGCAGUGUGCUGUGCUGUUGUGUGUCUCUAGCUUGCUGUGGGGGGACCGUGAGCAUCAUAAGAUGAUCACUUUCUGCAAUGCCCGCGGUAACUGCUGUAGCCUUGAACAUUAGCAGUAGCGUUAGUAGGUUUAUAACGCGUACUGUCAGCCCAUUAGGAGUCUUGAGAGGCGUGUGGCAGUGAGUUAACGUUAAAUGGCUGAUGCUGGUGAUGUCCCCAGUCUCACUCUGAGACAGGGAUGUUGGACCUCUUUAUGAAUCAGCUCCUGAGUCACUGCAGUCUUCAGCCCAGCUGAUUAAGGUGGUCUGAUCUCACUUGGGUUUGUCCUAAUACACUAGGCAGCAAACCUUCACGGGAGGAUGGUCCUGAUAGCAUAGGGGAGAAACAGCAUCAGCUUUGUGUAAUCCCACUACUAGGCAUCUGUCCACAGCAGCGCCAAUGAACGAGGCAAACUUCAAAAGCCAAAUGUUGUUUAGGCAAAUCUGUUUUAUUUCCUACAGCCAUGUGUUGAUGCAGAUUAACCAUAUGCCAGCCGAGAAAGCAAUUGCCUAUGCUGAGGUUCGUUGUUUCUGGUAGCAGUAUGAGUCAAAGAUCUUUUCGGGAUCCUGCAGACUGCUGUCAUAGCUUUACUGAUGCAGCUGUUUGCGCUGGGCUGUGAUCCAGAUUGGGACUUGAUCUACCUUGGUGCUUUCUGGGAAGAGGGGGCACGAUGCUUUACUUUCAGAACUGACUCAAUUUCUUCACCUGGUUUGUGGCAUGACCCCAGAUUUUGUUGUGACAGCUAGAGACAGCAGGCUGCAGCUUACACCUACUUGCAGUUUCUGAUGAAGAAUGGCCAAUGGUGUAUGUUUCAGGAGUGUCUACAAAAGGAAAUUUAAGAACAAGGUAUUUGCCAGAGAGUCAAAAAAGUGAAGCUGAGCCAAAGGUGCCUGUAGCUGUUGCUUCUGUUUCCAUGGAUCCUGUUAGAAGCACAGGAGAUCUGACAGGGCAGCAGGUCACUAAUGAAGGAGGAAUGAAGAGUGCUUCUUUAAAGGAUUUAUGUCCUGAGGACAAGAGACGCAUUGCAAACUUAAUUAAAGAACUUGCCAGGGUAAGUGAAGAAAAGGAGGUAACAGAAGAACGGCUGAAAGCUGAACAGGAGUCAUUUGAGAAGAAGAUCAGACAGCUAGAGGAACAGAAUGAACUUAUCAUCAAGGAAAGGGAAGCUCUGCAGCAACAGUACAGAGAAUGCCAGGAACUUUUGAGCCUUUAUCAGAAGUACCUAGCUGAGCAACAGGAAAAACUAACGCUCUCCCUCUCUCAACUCAGUGCUGCCAAGGAAAAGGAGCAGAAGGUUCAUUGUGCUUUGCAGAUGAAGAUGAAUUAUGCAGCCUGCACUGGAGAAGGAAUGACAGAGGGGAGAAACGUAGCCAGAUCACCUGGACUAAUCCAGAACAUCCUAGAGGUGUCCAGUAAGAAGGCCUCAUGCCAACAGCCACCUUUGGAACUAGAUGGUUCGUACUUAGCCAUUAGGGGACCACAAACUUUUUAUAAAAACAGCAGAGCACCAAAGGCUGGAAGCCCAAGCCGUGUAGUGUUGUCUCAGCCCUGCAGGAAUAAUCACGAUUGUGGGACUGAAAUCCAUUACAACCGUCAGGAAUGUCUGAAGGAAUAUUCAGUGGAAAAUGGCUUGCACAGAAAGUGUAACAAUAUGAUUUCCUCAGUCAAGCAGAAAAGCCCUCACCGUGUAAAACCAGCUCAGGAGAUGGACCAGAAAUCAAAUGAAUUUCAGAGCACAUGCCCUCCACAAAUGAGUUUUGGUUGUGCCUGCAGGCAUGUAGGGAGCUCAGGUAGUGUGCAAGACAGCCACCAUGUCAGCGAGGUUCCUAAGAGACAUUCUGGACCUGUUCACAAAACCUGUGAUUAUUCCAGGCUCUCUCGAGUUUCUGGGCUGAAUGACAGCGUGGAUCCAGGGUCUAAAGAAACAGAACAAGCUAAAAGGUUGUCUGAAGAAAGAAGGCAGCAGCUGCUACUGCAGAAAAUGGAGCUGGAAAUUGAAAAGGAACGUCUCCAACAUUUGUUGGCUAAACAAGAAGCAAAACUGCUCCUAAAACAACAGCAGUUACACCAAUCCCGUAUGGAUUAUAACAGGUUUAGAGGCCACGUACCUGGUUUGGGAGAUGUGCCCAUUGAUGAAGCACCUGGAGAACUUGCUCCGAUGAUGAACGGCAACAGCAUGGGACUAAGUGUGCCAGUAUCGAAACGUGAAGAUUAUUAUCCCAGGAUACCACCGGUGAGCAAAGCCUCCAGAACAUCACGGAGCAGUGGUGGGAGCAGUUCAGGGAAGAAAAUGGCUGGUUUUGGUGCACAUGUGGAAGAUGGGCGAGCCCUUCUGAUGAAAACCAAGAGGGAAGGCAGCAAGUCAAGGAAAGGGACAACUUCAGGACCCAGGAGGGAUGCAGCCACGUCUCCUGGCCUGAUAGGCAGAGGCAAAGAGCUUGUAACCACAGCCCCAUCACCAAUCGAGCAUAACACUUCACGGUAUGAAACCUCUCUUCUGGACCUGGUUGAAGCUAUGAGUCCCAUAUCUGCCCCAGGACACCUCUACAGAGAAUUAUAUGAUGGGAACAACAUGCACACACCUCGUCAUAUGAGCCGCAGGCCAUCGUCUUGGUACCAGAACCCUCGCAGUUCCAGAAGCAGAGCAGAUGAGAUAGAGGAGAGCCGGCUGCUCGAGGAGAUUUUCUUCAUUUGACACUGCUCUUUAUUCUACAGCCCUUCUGUAGAAUUUUUAGGAACUUUUUAUUUCUGAUUUGCUUGUGUUAAAGUACCAUUUUAAAUUAUUUGAGUGACAACUGAUUGUCUUCCCUCUUCUAAUAGUUAAUUAGCAUCCAGUUUCAUUUUGGAUUUAGUAAUCAUGGUGCAAGAAUGUUUGUGGGAUAGACCAAUCAGAAAGCGUUAACUUUUUUUCUAAACCUUUCAUGUGCCAAGUAAUCAUUCUAAAGCAGAUUUUUUUUUCAUCUACAACAUUUUCUAAUAGAUUGAAGUCACAGUUUUGCCAGUCUCAUAUCAGAAGUAUAUUUCAUUAUUGAUUUUUAGCUCUAAAGCAGUUUGCAAGAACUGCCUAACAUUCAAGAGCCAUAACGUUCAAAGUAGAUUAUUUUCUAAUUAAACAAGUCUGUUUAAAACCUGGCAUAUUAUAAAGGUACAAGCACUUUACUACUUUUUUCAGUGAUUUUAUGAUCUACCUUUUCCUUCAGCAUUCUGAUGUUUAACAUGCUGGGUUUUUAGGGGAUAAUAUCAUAAGCUCAACUUUACAGUGUCUAAUAACAUUAAUAGAUGAUGUUGCAGAUUGAUGUACUAGGCAUCCAUGUGAAAUAUAUUCCUCUUUAAAUCAGUGCUAUUUGACAUAGUUUAUGCGCUGGGAGACCUAACCCUGAAAUAGCAGAACACAGUCAGACAUUGUAGUGGUCCAAAACCUAUGUGAUGUACUUUUCAAGAUGAAAUAUAUAGUUGUGGUAAUAUAAGAACAGUCUUAAGACAUUUUCACUAACUUGCACUAUUUUGAUCUGGUAUCCAGGCUCCAUAGUAAAUAAGACAAAUCAGUAAUUAUUUCCACCAGCGGCUCGCAAUGCACAUUUCCCUGCCGGCUUUAAUUAUUCAUGCUGUAUCUAUUUCAGUUUAUUUAAAUGCACUUCCAUCUACUGCAUGUACUUGGUUAUUUAAAGAAAUGUGCAGAAUUGGUAAAAAUGACUGCAGAUUACAGGAUUAAUGGUCAUUUUCUCCACAAUGCGGUGUUCAUAUUUUAUUGUAACAGUAGCCACCGGCAUGUGUUCCUAGAAAUAUGAGGCUAAAAUACUCAUUUUGCACAGUAAAAUUGCAGCGAGGGAAAGGUAGAAUUGAGCCAGUACGGGCAAGUUCUAGGCCAUUUGCUCCCAAACACCAAUUGGUGGGCCAGUGCAGCUUUUUGCUGGUCUCUUUAGGCAACCCUGCUUAUCUUAAUGGCAGCAAGUUGCUGGUCUGAUCCUUGGGGUAUCGCUGCUGCCUGCCUCCAGCACGCUUGCUCUUGUGCAAGGCUUGGUACUCCUGUGCUCUGCAAGGAGCUGGCAAGACUGCAAUGAGGCACGCCAUGCCUCCUCGGGGAGAGCAAGCAUGAUGCAGAAUAUCCAGCAUGCCCCCCUGGCAGCACCCUGCUUUUAGAGCAGAAAUAAAAGGAGGAUGAAGGGGGAGGUAAACCUUAAGUUAUUCUGAGCUGUUUCGUUCAGGCUCGGUCUUAACCACAAAUUAGGUGGUACCUUUUCCAUGUGUCCCAGCUGAAUUUUCAAAGGUGCUUGGAGGAGUUCACAGGAGGGAAGCGACAUUACUGUCCCAAAAAAUGACUGCUGUGGAAAGGCCUUGCUUGGUCUGUCCUGCUGCCAGUGAAGCAUCAUAGUUCUUUCCAGUGUGUCCAUCUGCUGUUGAGUGUCCCUCGUGUUCUGCUCCCUGACCCUGUGAAGGCACAGGUUUCUGGUUAAAGCCCCAAACACAUGACAGGUGCCCUGACCCAAGUGUAGCAGUUGGGGCAAUAGGUUUUCUCACUCAGCAUGUUUCUGCUGGCCAAGUAGUCUGCUUCUUUAGGAAGACAGGGAAAGGGUGGGGAAGGAAGAGAAAAAUGUACAAGGAGCAGCAGGAAAACCAUGGAAAACCAUAAAAGUGAUGACUGGCACAUAGAUCUUAAAGUUUUGGGUUGAUUUUUUGUGAGUUGGUUUUGUUUUUGUUUUUUGUUUUGCAUUUUUGGCAUUUGUAAAAAACAGUUCUCUGAUUUCAGCCUGAUUGCUUCUCUUCUCUUUUCCAGUUUGACUGAAACUUUAAUUGCCCUUUCUAAUAAGUGCUAACUGACCUUUUGAAACAGCAAAAAAUAGAAGUAUAUCUCCUGAAAGGUGCCUUUGUGUAUCCAGUCAAGAACACUGCAUGGGAGCAUUAUGUUCUUUGGUUCCUCGUGGGUGUCAAUAUUUAACUGCUUUAGGAUUCCUUAUGAUCCAUUUUGUCCAUUAACAAUUCUAAUUCUGAUGGUGACUUUUGACUUGAAUCUAUAUUUUGGUAGUAGCUCUUUUUAAAAAGACGCUGUCAGGGUUGUGGGCUCUGUGCUCAAGGUGCUGUCGAUCAGUCAGAGCUACACGGGAGGCAUACCUUUAUGUAGCCAAGAAUUCUACAAUUAAGAUAGUUGAAAUAUCUGAUGGAUGAAGAUCUGCAUGUUUUAACUAUCUGUGAGAUGUGAACCGAGAAGCAAAAGCUAUUAAUUUGGCAGACCCUUUGAAAAAUCAUUUUUUAUAAUGCUGGCUCUUGCUCUAGUUAUCAGCAGUACAUUAGGAAUAGUGUUUAGCAGUCAGUGCAAGCGAAGAUAUUUUGCCAUGAGGCACUACAAAGUUGAAGUUAUUAAAACAUUUAUAGCCUUAGAAAAAAAAUCAAUGAUUGUCAAAUAGGAAAGGACAAAAUCAGUAGUUGGGACUGGGAGGGGAAUUGUUUUCCAUCUGCUAAAACAGUAGAGGAAAUGCAAAAAUUAAACCAGCAAAAGCAAUCACUUGACAGUGUCCUUUUAAGUUUAAGCUCCUAUAUUAGGAAGCUGCCGCUGGGGAGUUAGUCCAGCCACAGAUUGUUUGUCCAGAGCGUUCCCAGUUAAUACGCUUCAGCUACACAUUGGGCUGUAUUUUACAAGAGGCUUCGUGGAGUGACAUGACUCCUGCUAAGGCUGCUACCCAUACCUUCACUUUGUGUUCUUCCCGAGUGGCUCGUACACAUGCGCUGGCCAUGUUUGUGUAGUCGUUGCUUUUGUGCACCUUGCACGCGGUGGACCUGUAGCAAUCACAUCCUUUCCACUUGUAGCCUCUCCAGUCUCACUGUUGAGUACCAUCUUGAACAUAUAUUUAUAUAUGUAUGUGAGGUCUUAAUCUAAUAAAUUAUCUGGGGGUUUC